CAGUGAAAGGCAGACAUGUGCUUGCCGUGCCAGCAGACCAAUGCACAGACAGCUGGCUUUCUCUCCUUGACUCCCCUAACUAUCUCCCUCUUUCUUUCCCCUCCACAGUGGCUCUAUUAAUUCUAUCUCCUCCUUUCCUUUCCUCUCUUCUUAUUUCCCCUGCAGUUUCCCCUGCGCAGACGGAUAAAAAUAAUUGUCCUAUAGCAGAGCUUGUGUAAUCGCUGGCUUCACAAGCACGGGAGCCACUGCCUCAACACCGGCCCAAUAAGGAAUACCAAGCACUGGACUGAACACCACAGUGUUGAAGAAAAGGAGAGAACAUUUUCUAAACUUCAAGGAAGAAGGAUACAGUAAGGAAUACAGAGAGUGACAGAAGAAGAGAGAAGAAACAGAGUGAGGAGGGCAGGAGGAGUGAAGUGUUAGGACCAUGCCUGGCUGUCACAUCCGGACGCCCCUGAUGUUGGUGCUCUGCAUGCUGGUGCUGUCCUGUGGGUCAGGAGGUGCCCGGCGGAUCAGAAAGAGAGGGCUUAACCAAAAGGAUCCAGUUGCAGAGGGAGGCGUUCACUACCAGGGUCCCGAGCAUAGUGACGAGCUUGGAGGGCAUUGUGGUGUUGAACGCUGAGCUGUAAAUGAACAACAUUCUCAAGGAGGCAUUCCUGUUCUGUUUCUGGGCCAUCUGCCACGGCCUCUCAGGACUUUUAUGUCCUCCCCAGGAUUAUGAGUAUCCAAAUCAGCAGUCCCAAUCCACGCAGCACCAGAAGAAUGACCGCUGCCCACCCCCACCUCAGAUGCUGCCGGAGCGGGCCUGCGAGGUGCCCGGCUGCCGCUCUGACUCAGAGUGUGAGCGCCACAAGCGCUGCUGCUAUAACGGCUGCAUCUACGCCUGUCUGGAGUCAGUGCAGCCACCACCAGUGCUGGACUGGCUGGUCCAACCCAAGCCUCGGUGGCUGGGAGGGAAUGGCUGGCUUCUAGACGGUCCAGAGGAGGUACUGCAGGCGGAGGCCUGCAGCACCACAGAGGAUGGUGACGAGCCCCUGCACUGUCCCACAGGCUAUGAGUGCCACAUUAUCAACCAAGGAAACCCCGCCGCUGGCAUCCCCAAUCGGGGACAGUGCAUCAAGUCUCGUGGCAACUCUGAUGGACGUCCCAUGAGGCAAAAGUCCUACAAGGACUAUAAGGAUUACUUGGGAAUUGGAAGCAGCUCUAAUAAUGCAGUGGCCUAUGAGAAACAACACCACAAACACAUGGGAUGAGAUCGUAAAAAGCUGGUAGUCUCUUCAGAGCCGCCUCUCCUCAGAUCUUCAGAUACCGCAACACAGAACCUCAGCUAUCAGAGCCCACAUAUCAUACCUCUCUUGACAACGGAACACAGAACAACCAGACAACCCUACGGUGCUUUACACUUCCCAUGUCUGGCCUGGGGGAAAGGAAGAAACCAAGCCUUCAGUUCCUACCUCUUCUCCAACUGGCACACUCCUUUGGUUGUAAUAAUGGUGCAGGCAGGGUUUUAAACAAUACUUUGACAGAUUUACACACACACAGAAACAUGCUUUGGUUUAGUCAUGGGUAAGACGUAAUGGUGUUAUGGUUGAAAAGGAGAAAUGAACAAGACAAAGCCCCUUUCUUGAUCGGUCUCAAAAAAUAACAACCCUUUUUCUAUACACAAUAUCAAAGUAGAUGCACUGAAACCCCCCACAACCAGACACACACACUUAUCUCAUAGAAAUAAGAGAAAAUAAGGACUAUGUGCUGCUGUUGGUCCUCUCACCCUUCAGGCCAGCAGGAUGAAGAUCCCAUAAACACACAGACGAGGAACAGACCCAGAACCACCAACACAAUCCAUACACUCUGCUUACAUGUCAAAGCAUGUCAAUCAUGGUGGGAGAGCAAGCCGGGCCUUAUACCAGUAUGACCCCAUCAUCAACACACAGGAGCUGUUCAAAGUGUUUGUAUCGACUGUACAUGAAAUAGGACAUAUUCCAUUCAGUAUAUUCCCUCAGUCGGUCCAAAAAUGAACAUUAGUAUGACAGAAAGACGGGUGUGAGUGGUUAGGAAUAUCCAUAUCUGGAUUUUAGUACAUCAAAUGGUGCUCGGUUCUAAGGCUGUCUCUUCUAACAGAACAAUAAGCUGGUCUACACGACUGAAUUCCACAACUAAUAAGCUAGAGGUAUGAACAACAUGUAACCAUUUUCUAUGAGGGAGACAGUAAUAUCCAAAUGUCAAACUGGUGCUGUAAUGUUGCUUUGUGUAUUACAAAUAAACUGUAUGUUUGAGGAA